AUGAGUGGAUCUGGUGGAGGAUACUACAAGUACCGGUGUAAGUACUGGUUAUUGUAUAAUUGCGAAAAUUGGGUCUGGGUUAACAAUGAAUCGUGCGCAAAAUGCUUGGCGAGCGGUAGAGAUGAAGUCUUCGUUUCUGCAUCUCAACUUAGAAUGUCGAGGGAGAUAUUCGUGCCACAAAUUCAAGACGGACAUUUGUAUUAUACAGUAAUGGAGAUUGUCGCUUUGAGCGACUUUGACAGCGGUUGGAUAGUGAAGGAGCCAAAGAGCGCAGAGUUUCCAACAACCACGUCACCAACGGUCGAGAGCCUUCCAGCAAACGAUGGUGCUGUUUCUCAAGUUACAAGAGAGCAGAUUUUACCAGCACAAAAGGAUGGUUGA